AUGCAAAAAGUCCUCGAUGCAAGCACCAAAGACACUCCCGACGUCGUAAUCGGAAGGUUCUGGAAUGACCCUAACAACAAGACCAUUGUUGACUCAUUCAUGAACAACAAGCUUUGUAUCAACGCUGCUAAAGGCGACAGGGAUGCUCUGGAAGCCUUCAAGAAAUAUGCCGUGCAAGACUACUUUUAUCUUGUCGAUUGGGUCGGCUUUAGAGCCCUGCGCUUCGCCACUCUCCCUCAUGACGACUUUAACCUUGAUGCUCUCGACAACGAACUCGCGUCUGUGUCUCGGACCACCAGCUAUGUCAAAGACUGGUUUCAAACCUGCAUCAAUAACCUCGGAGUUACCGAGAGCCAGUUCAAGGUAGAGCGGUCUAUCGCAGAGAUUGCAUAUGCGCAAUUUCUUCAGAACAAUGCUCGGUCCGAUGAUUGGUACAACCUUCAUGUGAUCCUCAUCGGGUGCUACUGGGCUUGGUGCAAGCUCGCUUUGAAGCUCUAUAACGACCCCACCACCGACAAGACGACGACUUUCUACAAGUAUUGGAUCCAAGCCAACCUUGAUCUCACUAACCCGAACCAGCCGGACUUCACGUCGUCAGCCAAGGCACUAUCGCUGUUCUUGGACCAGAACGAAUCAGCGUGGUCUUCGAGUCAAUCACGCACGCAGGCGACGGAUCUAUUCCGAUCCGCCCUCAGGCUCGAAGUCGCGUUGUUCGAUUCUGGCUAUGAAACGCCGACUCCGAGGGUGCAGUGA